GAAGUUGUUGUGUUGGUUCUUUUCACGUUAUUUUACUUAUUUAUUCCAUGUGAAAGUGUAUUAUUACGAUCAAGCUAUAGUUAGUAAUAGGUAUAAUUUGUUUAAACUUAAAAUGUCAAGCUUAAAAUCUUUGUUGCCGCCUAAGAUUUUCGAAAAAAUAGAUAGAGCUGGUAUUUCUACAGUCAAACAGAUAAUAACUAUGGCACCGUGGAGUAUUAGGCAAUUGACCAAUUUGAAUUCCGAAGAUAUAGCGCUGCUUAAAAACGUUGCAGCUGAAUCAAGCUCCCCAGUUAUUGUAACUGGACACAGGCUACUUGAAAUGAAGAAUGUUUUACGGAAGAGAGUAGCUACGGGCUGUAUGUCAGUAGAUGGUCUCUUACUUGGAGGGUUUCAGAGAGGCUGCCUUACUGAGCUCUACGGAGAAAGUGGUUCGGGUAAAACUCAAGUGGCCAUCCAAGCAGCAGUUACAAAUUGGCCUUCUGGGACAGUUUACAUUUGUACUGAAGAUUUAUUUCCAGUGAAAAGAUUUAAUCAAAUAUCCAAGAACAAUAUAAAUUACCACCCUAGUCAUGACUAUGGGAAGUCUGUAUUUGUAGAACAUGUAACAGAGUCACAUGAACUGUUGUCUUGUAUUAGAAUCCGGCUGCCCAAGCUGCUGGAGAGUAAUAAUGUUUCUCUGGUAGUAAUUGACUCUGUUGCUGCUCCAUUUAGAUCAGAAACUACAAACUACAUUCAAAGAGCUGAAGAAUUAAGAGAAAUGGCUAUUUCACUGUUGAAGGUAGCCCGUGAGUUUAACCUGGCUGUAGUCUGCAUAAACCAAGUGACCUCUUCUAUGGAAGGUACCGGGGAUAAUGUGUUGCCGUCACUGGGCCUUGCUUGGUCUAACAUGGUAGCCACCAGACUAUGGCUCAGAAAGUCAAGAUCCAUAUGCCUGAAUCAAGAUAAUUAUCACCAUGAAGAUAUGGCACGGAACAUGGUGCAAGUUAGAGAACUUUAUGUGGCUUUCGCACCAGACCUUCCAAAUGAAGCAGCAGAAUUUAUUAUUACAGAAUCUGGCCUUAAAGCUAUACAAUAAAAUUCUGAUAAAUAAAGAGAUAGCAUUUCGGAGAAGUGGAACACAUUGUCUUUAUUAAUCUGUGGCACUGUCAAAGAAUCAGCUGAUUGUCACAGUGAGAGAUUGAAGAAAGGGUGCCCAGGAUGUGGAUUCAGCUAUUGUUCAAAAUGUUUAGAUAACAAAGUGUUUUUAAA